UGCACCUACUUUACAGCAUCUAGUGAACUCCUCAGAUCACUCGCUGUUGUGAAGAUGAAGUGUCCUGCUGUUUGUCUUGUGGCUCUGGCCUUGCUGGGCAACUUCUGUGAUGCUCAGUGGGCAAGUGGUGUUUACAUGCCCCAGAAACCUGUAUACUCAAAGCCACAGGAACCGAAACCUUACGAGCCCCCACAGCAAAAGCAGACAUUUGAACAACCACUUACCUGGACAUACCCUCAACCUCCUACGCCUGCACCCAAACCUGAUGUGCCAUUCGAGCUGAGAUAUCCUGUUCCUGCCGCAACUGUUGCUGUUGAGUGCAGAGAGAGUCAAGCUCACGUGGAAGUCAAGAGGGAUUUUUUUGGGAUUGGCCAGCUUAUCAACCCGGCUGACCUAAAACUUGGAAACUGUGGUCCUGUUGCAGAGGAUACUGUCGCGAAAGUGUUGGUUUAUGAAUCAGCACUCCAAGAUUGUGAGAGCGAAUUAGUGACAACAGAAGAUUCCCUUGUCUACACCUUCACCCUGAACUACAAUCCCCAGCCUGUGGGCGGUUCUCCCGUGGUGAGGACAAGCAAAGCUGCUGUAAUUGUUGAAUGCCACUACCAAAGAAAGCACAAUGUGAGCAGCCUUCCUCUCGAUCCCAUCUGGGUCCCAUUCUCUGCGGCUAAGAUGGCAGAGGAAUUCUUAUACUUCACCAUGAGUCUCAUGACUGAUGACUGGCAAUAUGAGAGGCCAAGCUACCAGUAUUUCCUGGGAGACCUGAUUUAUAUUGAUGUUAAGGUCCAUCAGUACUUCCAUGUUCCCCUCCGUGUUUAUGUGGAGCACUGUGUCGCUACUCUUUCACCUGACCAAACCUCCAGCCCCAGAUAUGUCUUCAUUGACAACAAUGGGUGUUUUGUUGAUGCCAGAAUCACAGGCUCUUCCUCAAGGUACGUGGCUCGCCCUGAAGAAAAUAAGCUAUGUUUCCAGUUGGAGGCCUUCAGAUUCCAGGGUGCUGACAGUGGAAUGCUCUACAUUACCUGCCGAUUGAAAGCAACGUCGACCGCCUAUUCCGUUGACCAAACCCACAGAGCAUGCUCCUACAUUGAUGGGUGGAGAGAGAUCAGCAGAGCGGAUUCAGUCUGUGCCUCCUGUGAGCAGCUUCAAUCAGUAGGAUCUGUAACUAGUAGCUGGGGUACCACCGGUGGAGCAAACCCACCUGCUACUCUUUCAAGGAAGAUUCGCGACGUGUCCGAAACUCAGACUGAAACUUUCGAGUGGGUCGGUGAUGUCAGAAUGGGUCCGAUCUCCAUCGCAGACAAACCAGUGGCUUAACACAAUUUCCAGCCAUGUGCAAGACCAUCAAAAUACACAAUAGCAUUGCUUCAUGACUGUCUAUAUGUUAUUCUCUUGCUUCUUGUUGGUACAUCUGGUUAAACAAGGAAUAAAUUUUAAAUGUGGUCAAAAUCUGAAAUAUCAAAACCAUAGUAAAACUGUAAGAAAAUAGAAAGUCCCUCAUGCAAAAGUGUAACUCGUUUUACAUUUCCCCUUUGUGUUAUGAGAAAUGUUAGAUCCCAUCUGUUCAUUACAUGGAUUGUAACUCUUUCAAUGUGAUGGAAAUAAAAACGCAGUUGUGUAAAA